GUCGUCUACUUAAUUCAAAGACACGUUGCAUCACGUUAGGAUGAUGUCUGGAUAUAUGACUCAAACUUCAUUUCAUAUAAGAGACUUAAUAUAAAAAGAGUUUGAUGGGAUUAGUCUACACAUGGUUGCAUGUCUUCUGUCUAUUCGUCACUUUCUYCAAAGUAGGAAAUCUGGCUUACGCUGGUUCGUAUGGCCAAGAUGAUGUAAAAAGACGUUUAUUUUAUCCUUUUCACCAACUACACACUCAAACCCAAGACUACAAGCAUCAAAAACAACAUUUAUAUGUCAGAAAAAAAUCUUCAAAUCGUCCUGUAAAGAGAAUUUUGAAUCCAAAAGAGCGCGAUCUUCCAAGCUAUAAAUCCAGUUCUUCUUCAAGAGGACGAGACAGUUUUUCUAAACCUUUGGAAAAAAGACCAGAAGAUGUCGACCAGAAAUUCCUUUUAAUUCUGACAAAAGUCCAGCUCGAAGUUUAUUGUAAAGGUACCAAGACAUUGCAACAGCAUUCCUUUAUCCCAGCACCUUCCCUGGCAAAGUCUCUUGACACCCCAGAGAUGAAGCCAUUUUUGAGUCAUUUCAAUGUUACUGCAUAUGGAACUAAGAACACUCCAGAAAUGAAUUUAGAAGUUUAUCAAGAGAUGUGGUUUCCUGUCGCUGUAGUUGCUGGUGUCAGCAUGUUGUUGAUGGUGCUAGCAAUCGCUUGCUUGCUUGUAUGCCGCAAACGUAUGGCAGCCACAGAUGAAGAAGAACAAAAACCCAAGCAAAAUGACCCAGAGAAGCUGCUCUACCCUCCAGUCCACCCAAUACAGACAAUGACGGCAAAUAUGAUCCAACCAGAAGCAGGCCGGGUGUAUACAAUAUCUGGUAAACCACUAAAGCCAAGGAAAUGGACUGGAUCUUCGAAAUCACUACUAGACAGGCGAGGAUCGACACAUUCUCUUGUUCUGGACUUGACUUCCUCCUCAACUGACCUUAGGCCAGGAUCACCCACUUCGUUAAGCAUUAAAGAAAGUCCUGUUGAAGAAAAACUUCAAUCAAAGUCUAAACCCUUGAGCUACGAGAAGCUGGAAGAGGCUGUUGACAACACUAAACAGCUGUAUGCAGAAUUCUGGGAAAUCCCCAUGAACCAUCCCGCACCUGAAGACAGAAUACCAGGUUCUAGUUACCGUAACAGAUAUCCGUUUAUUUUACCAAAUUCCAGAACAAGAGUAAUUCUCCCAGAAAUUCCUGGCAAUCCACUUUCUACGUAUAUCAAUGCUAACGUAAUUAAGGGUUAUAAUGGUGAACCUAAUGCUUUUAUAGCUACCCAAGUGCUGGUAUCGGUCGAACUGGAUGUUUUACUGCCACUAGUAUAGGAAUGAAACAAAUCCAGAACGAAAAUUGUAUAGAUAUUUUGAAAAUUGUUUGUCUGAUGAGAAUAGAGAGGGGUGGAAUGGUAGAAACUGAUUCCCAGUACGAGUUUGUUUACCGCACUCUUCACCAUCACUGGAGACAGCUACACAGUGGUCGAGGACGUGAGACAAGCGACGGUGUAUUGGAGGCCAUGUUUGAAGACAAGUAAGGAUCCUGUAUUUCUUGUUUCGUUCAGCUUCUUGUAAGCUACAACCUGGCCCGUCUGACGGCAUACUGCAUGAACAUGACAACCUAUCUCAGCAGUCUAUCAUUAAAACAGCCAAAAGAAGCCAAAUUAAAUUUCCUGUUAAAACAAGGUUUGAGUGCAAAAAGCUUUAAAGAAAUUUUGUAGGAAAGGGAUACCUGUGGUACAGUGCCUCUCAAAUGAAUCUGCUCUGAGUAAAACCUAAACAAAAUUAACAACACUUGAGCAGAGCUGAUUUGAGAGUCACUUAUGUCUUUUUCUGAGGUUCCUUUACGUACAAAAAAAAACCACUUUAGCAUAACGCGGCCUUCUUAACAAAGAUGCAAUGACGUCAUGAGAGGACAACAGGCCUCUUCUGAUUGAAUUGAAAAUUCUUAUGGAUGUCACUAUUUUGAAUACAAAUAUUACAGCAUAUUUAUAAUAUUUAUUUGUAUAUGAAUUUGAAUUGCUGUUGUUUGUUCUCUCUGGCAUAUUAUUAUUGCAAUUCAUUUUCGUCAAAUUUGAUGUUUUCUGCCUUAGCGCUUUUCUGAACCUCUCCUUUUUUUCCAAGCAUCGUUUUUGUACAUAAAAAGCAAAAUUUGCGAUCUCUGACAGUUUUCUGUUCUGACUAAGCUGUCUUAGAAACGAGAAAAAAGUUGCUCAAGUACUCUUUCCCUGGAGCAUGCGCAUUGAUGCUUUCUGAGCCAGCAGAUAUUUUGGUUUCCGGGAUUUCCUCGAAUUUUGCGGAGACCACAAGGGACGCGGGCAAAAAUUAAACAAAGAUAGCGCUUGCGUUAAUUUCCGGUCUUGCGCAGUUGGCAUUUGCCAAGUCUACGUUUCUCCUUGUCAGCACCGAACAAUUGCUGACCAGCAGAACUGCAGGCUCCUGUUGGUGUAUGCCUUUUCUCCAAUCCCAUGCUGGCCGUGGGAUUCAACUGUGGUAUUUUAUUUGAAUGAGUUUUUAUAUCUUGCCAUGCUGUUCAAACUUAUUUUGAACAGCAGGGAACUGUUGGGAUCCCUUUGGUAUGAGAAGAAAAAGGGCCUAGUGACUAACAUUUUGGACCAAAAGCUCCAGAUCCUAGAAAUGGUAAUAAUGACGUCAUCUUGUGAACACAUACAUAGUAACUCCUUAUCAGUCCCUCAUUCAAUGUUCUUCACUAGGCUUUCCCGUCCUUUUUUUACCAAAGGAAUCCCAUCAUUUUUCUAAUGUGCAAAAUAUUUGAGAGCUACAAUAUAGAGCCAUUGAAUACCAUUCACUUCUUACUUCACAAUUUAUAUAUCGUAUUCAAUUCCCAACAACACAAGAUGUAUUUUAAUUCCAAUCAUUGUACAUUUCAUGGGUUUCCUUGCUUGGGGAGGAGGCAAAUAAUUAUUCAAAUUAUGUAGAUAAUAAUUAAGUUUCUAUCCAAGACAAUUUGGUGGAAAUGUUUGCGAAUUUUUUUUCUAUAAUAUUUGAGGACUGAUAGUGGUUUUGAAGGUUCUUUGGUUCGGGUAGAGAAGCCAUGGUAGGAGCCUGCCAUUAGCUAGGAAUCUCUAGGAAUGCGGUAUUCUUUAAAAAAUAGAACUAUUCCGUCCCAAGACCCUGCGAUCUUUUUGGUCUGCACUGAGAAGAGAAGGGCCUGGGGGCAAUAAAGUACAGCAGACCAGAAGGAUUGCUGGCUUAGGGUCGAGAAUGAUAGAAUAUUAGUAAGGAGAUUAUGAGGAGUAACCGCUGACACCAAACAUUACAGCACAAGAAAACCACUCAGCCAAUCAGAAUGCUAGAACUUGGCACGUGACUGCGGUUUUCGCUCACAGUCUCCCUCAAUCUGGGAAUAUAUUUGUAUAUUUACAACAAGAAAUUCAUUAUUAUAUCAUGCAAUGAUACCACAAAGAUACCUAUAUUUCGUUUAUCACAUAUAUAUUGGAAUCAUAAUAGUUAUAAAAACAGAGAACAAGGCUUCUCUAGAAAACAGGAGUUAGUUAACUUUAUUGCGUAACCUAAAAUUGUAUUUAUUUGUGUUCAACACAAUUUAUUUGUAUGACGUCACUUUGUAUGACAAGAUGACGUCAUCGCGACGCAUGAAUUGUUACGGUCACGAGAAGAUAUUUUAUUAAGAACAACCUGUGUGUUGUCAGAAGUUUAUUCUCAAAAUUUUGGCGGGAAAUGAGAUUACCAACCAGGCCUGCUAUUGAUGGCGCGUGUCAAAAUUUUGGCGGGAAAUGAGAUUACCACCCAGGCCUGCUAUUGAUGGCGCGUGUCUAAAUUUUGGCGGGAAAUGAGAUUAACACCCAGGCCUGCUAUUGAUGGCGCGUGUCAAAAUUUUGGCGGGAAAUGAGAUUAACACCCAGGCCUACUAUUGAUGGCGCGUGUCUUUAGGAAGCCUGGGAUUUUCAUCAUGGCCUCUACUUCAUUGAGAACAUGCUUCUGACAAAGUAUAGUGUUGUUAUAUUAUAUUAUAGUUUUCUGAUGUAAUAUUUAAGUUAUGGUGAGUGGUAUAUAUGGUUAGACUGAUGGUUGUAUAUAAUGUUAAAAAGUUUUAUUUUUUUCUUUAUUGUAGUAGUUAGAUGUUCACAAUAUUAUUCACCGUAGAUGAAAGCGCAUUCCUUACUAGCGAUUUAAGCAUAAGUACGAGCAACAUGGCCAGAAUUUGCGGGUCACUCACUUUAAAGAUGAUUAAAAGCGCUUGUCAAUCGAGAGGCCAACUUUAGUCUUGAAUAUUUCUUGCUCAACCAUUGGCCUUUAUAAACAUGCAGUGGCUUACUCUGAUCUUUGACAAAGUGUUGAGCGCGCGCACACACAUAUCUUUUGUAGAACGCUUUUCAUGUUUCAACGACCAAAACAACUCCAUAAGCAGCAACGGAGCACGUUUUCUCGUGUUUUAGAUUCCGUUCGAAGAAAAUUCACACUGUUAUAAUUUAGUUAAUUUUUGAAGUGACGGAAGCCGAAAACCGAGUCGUCUGGAGGAUGUGGAGAUCGUAGAAGCAUUUCAAGUGUUCUACUCGUUGCAAUCCCAAACUAGAGUACAUACUUUAUAUCCCUGAAAGAGUUAAUAGUACAAAUUAGUACAAAGUUUUGUAGGUCUAUGGUCUACUGAGGUCUACUGGACUUAUUGAUUUGUGCAGUUUCUUACCAAUGUUUUUACAGAUAUUUGGUAUGCACCCUACUGUACUGAAUAAAGAUGCUAAGUCAUUGUUGCUAUUCAUUAUGCUUGCACAUCUCACCAGUAAGGACCAGGUUAGGUUGCGCUCGCACUAAGGCACAAGGAUUUGGAUUUGAAAAGGGAAUAAAAAUCAGAAUCUUUUAGUUAAGUGUAAGCGCAGGCGUUACUAAUACGUCCUUCUGUAAUUACACCAUAAAUUCGCUCGAGACUCACAAAAUUGUAAAAGUAUCUUGUAAAUUUUAUUUUUUGCGCGAGAGUUUCUGCUCUAUGCUACAACCACUGAGAGUUGUAGAGUUUUAGUUGUUUGCGUUUAAAGUUUAAGUUUAAAGUAGCGCAAGACCUAUCCAUGCGUGUCUGUAUAUUGUCGCGACCCAUAUGGCCGUUUAAUCAGUUAAAUUUUUACUGCGCGGUGAACAAAAUCUUUAUUUUGCACGUUACAGCCAUUCUCAAUCACACGCGCCGUUUCUUUCGCGACGAAGAAGCUUUUUGUGGACGUCAAUCAAGGCGUUUCCAUGACAUUCUAAUGACACAUAUGGAAACGCCUUGUGAUUGACAUCCACCAAAACAUUCUUCGUCGCGACAGAAAAAAUCGGGCGCGUGUGAUUGAAAAUGGCUGUAACCAUCCAGUUUUUAUAGAUAUUCUUAACUAUAGUUAAUACCUAUGUAAAGGAAAAGAUUGUCUGUACUUUUUGUGAGUUUCGAGCGUUAGAUCCAUUAAUUCACGAAAUCAAAUCAACAAACCGUCUAGUAGGAUAUUCCAAUGAGAAAAAGGAGUUGACCAACAGUAAUUUAAGCCAAAUGACAAGCUACAAUGGCUGAUCUUUUGCGCGCUUUUCAUGCUUCUGCGACUCGGACAACUCCAGCCUUUGCGGUUCGUUUUCUCAUCGAUAUUGGCUUUAGUCUAUCGAAUUUAUAAGGAACUGAGUAAAGAUUUAAUUGACGAAAGCCAAAAACUCCGACGCCAAAAAGUCGCCAAAACAUGAAAAGCUAGCGCAGGUCUUCGCGGAAAAAUCGCAAAGUUAUAAGCGCGACGGACGCAGCUUUCCAGGUAUUAUAGGAGUACCCCAUUACAGGGUGAAAAAAUAUAUAUUGAAGUACAAAAUAAAGAUAUAAUCAUCAAGAA